AUGAUUUCUAGACUUCCUUCACUAAGACCUCUUUCUCUCCGAAGCCUGACUGGUAGCCUUCUCAGACCCUUCUGAACGAAGAAGGAUAAUGAAGUAUAUGAUCUGGAAGGUUUUACUGAAGAAGAACUGAAAGGCAAGAAACAAGUAGACUGGAAAGACGAAUCUACAAUCAAAGAUGCAGCUGAGGAGUUCAAAAUGUCAACAUUCACAACACUCCUAAAAGAUCGGAAGAUAAUCUCUGUCAGUGGCCAAGAUGCUACUGAAUUCCUACAGAAUUCAGUGACUGCUGAUAUCCACAGAUUCCAGAGAGACACUGAUCUGAGGUGUAUUUAUACCUUGAUUCUCAACCCCAAAGGGAGGAUUUUUACGGAUAUGUUUAUUGUCAAGCCCUUCAUUCCUGGAAAUUACGGAAACAGCUCAGAAUACUGGAUAGAUGUACAUAAGAGUCAAAGUAAUUCAAAGCUUAUGAAGUACUUCAGAAUGUACUCGCUGAGAAAAGAUGUCACAUUUAAGGAAAUAGAUCCCGAUAUUCUUUCAGUUGUGGCUCUUAAUACACGUCAAACUCUCGGGUUCAAUGAAGGAAAAGUUGUUCAUGAGCUCCAGGAUGAGAUCCCCAGAGUUGAGCUUCCUCAGUACCCAGGAGGGCUAUUUACAGAGACCUUAUUUAUCCAGGAUCCAAGACAGCCAUCGUUAGGAAUGAGGAUGUAUUCCCCAACUAAAUUCUUGGAACAAUAUUCUGCCAUUGAUCUUGAUCAACACAAGCUUUACACACAUAUGAGAUAUAUAAACGGAAUUGCUGAAGGUACUGAAGAGUUAGAGAACCAAUUGCCCCUCAAUUACCACAUGCAUUUACUGAACUCUAUCGAUUUCAACAAAGGGUGCUACCUAGGCCAUGAGCUAACCCAGAGAACGUUUCAAACUGGAGUUCUGAGAAAAGUAGUUCUUCCGUUUAUAAUCCCAGAUGAUGCGACACUAAGUCUGAAAAAGGACCACUUUGAUCCUAUCAGUAAUAUCAACUUAAAUUUCGAAUUAGAAGAUAACAAACUUCGUGGGGAGGUAAUUCGAAAUACAGUGGGAAGAAAGGUCGGUAAAAUAGUUGGCCAUAAAAACAACAUUGGAAUUGGUCUCUUCAGUCUUUCCAAACUUGAAGAUGAUCUCCACACAGCUCAGCCAAAAGAUUCAGAAGAGAUAGACUUAAUGAUCUGGUAUCCUGAAUGGAUUAAGAAUUUCAUCCCCAAAAGUAACAACUCUGAAAAAUCCAGAGGGGUGCAAUUGUCGAUCAACCCCAAAGAGCAAUACAAACGUUACUUCGAGUUUAAAGAGGAGAUCCAAAAUAUAUAGUUUUCAAUA